CGCUGUCUGAAGCAAGGACAUUUUCGUGAUUCUUUAAUUUUGUGGUAUAUCUGUGAGAGAGACGGAUUGAGUGAUUCCAAAGAGAGAGAUAGAGAGGAGGAGAAGAAAGAGAGAGAGAGAGAGAGAGAGGAAGAGACGUUUGAGGGGGGUCCGUUAACUGUCCGUUAGAGGUAUAUGAAGGUGGAAGCGAAGGAAUAGUAAACAGCCAUGGUGUCGGACCAAGAAAUAGCGAAGGGCGUGGAGACAGUGCUCCGUCAGUCUGACCCCAACGCCGUCACGUCCCUGAACAGUGUUGUUCAGCAGCUGGAAGGGAAGCUAGGGUUGGACUUGUCCCACAAAGCGGAUUUCAUCAGGGACCAGAUUACGUUCCUCCUCCGCUCGCAACCCGUGCCCAAAGAACAACUUCCCACUCAACCUCAACAGCAGCCACAGUUCCUUGCUCCUUUCCCGCAACCUCAUUUCGCCUUCCAGCAACACCAGCAGCAGCAGCAGCAGCUCCUUUACCAGCAGAAUAACGCCGCCUAUGCGCAGACGCAAGCUCCACAUCACCAGCAGCUGCAGGUCUCUGUUGAGAAGGACCCGAAUGCAGCGGCUAAUGUUUCUGAGACGCCGAAAGGGGGGAGAGCCCCAGUUGGAACCAAAAGAAGAGGUGGGCCAGGUGGUCUCAACAAGGUAUGUGGUGUUUCGCCAAAACUCCAGGCAAUCGUCGGAGAGCCAGCAUUGCCGAGGACAGAGAUCGUGAAGCAACUGUGGGCAUAUAUCAGAAAGCACAACCUUCAGGAUCCCGGGAACAAGAGAAAAAUUAUUUGUGAUGAUGCCCUCAAAUUGGUCUUUGAAACAGACGCCACUGACAUGUUCAAGAUGAAUAAGCUGCUGGCGAAGCACAUUUUGCCGCUGGAUCCGAAAAAAUCCGAUCAAGCUAAGAAAUUGAAGAUCAACGAUGACUCUGCUAACGAGAGUUCAGAUUCUGGCAUUCUCAAGGUUAUGCUAUCCGAUGCACUUGCAAAAUUUUUUGGAACAGGAGAAAAGGAGAUGCUCCGGUCAGAGGCUCUGGAGCGAGUCUGGGAUUACAUAAAGGUUAAUCAGCUUGAGGACCCGCUGAGUCCUAUGGUUGUCCAUUGCGAUGCAAAGCUUCAGGAGCUGUUAGGAUGCGAGAGCAUAUCUGCACUGGGAAUUCAGGAAAUGCUCGUGCGCAAUCAUUUGUUGAAGCAAUGAUGAUGUAAUGUAAUGUGAAUGGUAGUGAAAAGCUGUAGGAGGUAGUUGUUAGUGAUGAUGACAGGAGAAAUGCCGAAUGAAGAUGUUGUUUUGGUUUCUUUUAAUUUGCCUAACCAUUAGGUGCUAUCGACUUCACUCACCUGUUAACAGUUAUGUCGAUGUGAGCGAAUGCGCAUCAUCCCUGUUGUCGGGGCUGGAAUUGUUAUGUAAUUAUGCCAGUGGCCAUCGUUGUUAGGGUGUUUCCUUCUGUGCACUUGGCUUGUUUUCUUAUGACUCUGCAAGUUGUAAUGGAUUCCAAAAACUGGAUUAAUCAAAACACCUAUGUUACAAUUGGUAUUACUGUAUA